AUGAAUAAAAAGAAAAUAUGUUUUUUUUACAUUUCUAUAUCAUUAAUAGUAUAUGUGAAAUGUAUAUAUAAUAUAAACAUUCCUAUUUCUUCGAAUGAGAAAAAAAAAUUAGAUUUAUUCAAAGAUUUUUUAUAUGAUAAUCCAAAUAAUAUAGAAUGUUAUGCUUUUAUGGAUAAAAUUCUAUUUAAAUUAAAACAUGUAUUUAAUUUGCCUAAUUAUGAUUUAAAUAUAAGUGAAACUAAUAUAGAAACAUUGAAAUUCUCAUGUAUUUCUUUAAAAGAACUGUAUAUAGAAAUAUUAAGAAAUUUUGUAUAUAAUAAAAAUGAUGAUCAAAAUGAUGAUUUAAUUAAAUAUUCCAAUAUUUUAAAAAAAUUUCUUAAAAAAAUUUAUUUUAAAUUAAAUGGCAAAAAAGGAGAUAAUAUUAGUAUUGGUAACGAUGUCCUAAAGGUAUUAAUUUUUAGAUCUCUAUCGUUUAUGAAUGAUUCUAAAAUUGAUAUGCUAAAAAAUAAAGAUAUUUUAAAAUUUAGUUUAGAUAUUUUUGCAAAUUAUGUAUCAUAUAUUGCAAAUGAAAACGAAGACUUAAAAGAUAUUAAUAAAAAUACGAGUGAUAGAUCUCAAAGAAUCUUUGCUGAUAACUUAAAUUCUUACAAGAAAAAUAUUUUAACCUAUUUUCCUCAUAGAAGAAAUAUACAAAUAUUUUUUUUAAAUAUGAAUACUCUAGAAGAUUUAACAAAAAUGUUUUAUAAAUUCUAUACUCAUUUUACAAAUAAAAAGGUAGUAGAAAAAGAAGUAAGCUCUAUACAAGCAUUAUACUUUAUAAAUGAAAUAUUGAAAAUUGCUGAAAAUAUUAAUUUAUGUUUAAAGGAAAAUACUUUAAAAAAUAUCAUAUACACAGAAGAAUUUUCUAAAAGUAUUCAAAAUGCUUUUAAAAAUAUAUGUGAAAAUAUGUCAGAAAAAUUGCAAAUUAACGGGUCUAAAGAUGAAGUAAUAGAUGCAUUAACAGAGGGAUUAAUUAAAAUCUUAAAAGAUAUAUAUAAAGAUAAUAAAAAUUGUAAAAAUCCAAUAAACAAAAAAAAUAUAAGUUUCAAAGUACAUAAAAAAAAUGAUAUAGACGGAUUUAAUGAGGAUAAAAAAAUAAAAUUAGUAGAAUACAAUGAUGCAAAUGCAUCUAUUGUAGUUUUUAGCAUAUCUAAUGAAAUGCUUUAUAUUAACCAACAGCAUUUUGCAAAUAUUAAGAAGUUGCAACAUAUUCUUCUAAUGUGUCCUACAUCAGAAAAUAAAAAACAUAUUUUAGAUAAUCUAGGAAUAGAAAGUAUAAAAUUAUCAUUAUAUGAGAAUUUUAAGAAAGAAAUGUAUAAAAAUUUUAAAUUUUUUUUUCAAUUCAUUAAAAAUAAUUUUGAUUACCUGAAUGAAGUUAUAAAUAAAGAAAAAAAAAAAGAUAAAUUAUCACAGACAGAUUACAUUGAAAAUGAUAAAUUAUUAAAUUUAUUGGAAAAAGUAAUGAACUUUGAUAAAGAAAAUAAUUCCAUAUAUAUUGAAAAAUUACACCAAUUCAAAAAUAUAAUGGAAUGUGUUAAUGUAUCUAUAUCAAUGAAUUUAGAAAAUGAAAAAAAUCCUAUAGUUUUAAUUAUGAAAAUAGACGAAAAUAAUAAUCACAUUAAUGUAAAAAUAAAUAAUCAUUUAUUAAUUGACAAUAUUAAUAAAAAAAAAAAAAAGGAAUCUAUAUAUAGAGAUAAACUACUUAAAAAUUUACUGAAUACAUCAGAAAUAAACAGUUCAUUUUUUCAAUUGCCGUAUAUUUACAAAGCUCCACUCUAUUAUUUUACUGAAAUAUGUGAUAAACGUAAAGAAAAAUCUCCAUCUGGCAAUUGGAUUCGUCAUUUUUCAAAAUACAAUGAAGCCAUAUGUCUUGUACCAUCGGAUGAUUCUUCAAAUAAAUUGUUUCCAGCUUUAGUAAGAUCAUUAAAAAUGAAUAACAUAAGUAAAAAUAAAAUUUUAGAAAACAUUAUUUCAGAAUAUGAGCCUUUUCUUAAGUGGUAUUUAACUAAUAUAAAAUCAGAGAAAGAAAAAUAUUUAAAUGUUCAUGAUUUAGCUAUUUUUGCUACCAUGUAUGAAUUUCAGUAUUUUCCUGAAUACUCUCAUAAUACUUCUAUUAUACGGUCACAAAGAAAUUUUACGUCUUAUAUUGAACAUGAAUUAACAGAACUUGUUUAUUUAAAAAAUGAAUAUUUGGAGUUAAGUAGAAAAAGAAAAUUUACAGAAAAAAAGGAGUUAAUGAAAGAAUUUAAUCCUGUUUUUCCUCACGCUUCAUCUAAUACUCCUUCUAUAUCUUCUGCUUCUGGUAUUUCAACUCCUUCUUUCAUAUAUUUUGAACCAUCUGCUCCUCCUUAUUCAUCAUCUGAUUCUAUUAAUUCAACUGCUUUCACAUAUCCUCAACCAUAUGCUCCUCCUUCUUUAAGAUCUUUUGAUUCCUUCAAUUUUUCAAUUCCUCAAUCCUCUAGAAAUUUUAAUACAUUUCAUCCUACCAUAGUUUCCUAUAAUCCUUCUUCAUAUACUGCUUCAUCAUCUCUUUUUUCUAGAAAUUAUCAACCUUUUUCUUUUAAUAAUCCUUUCGACUCUCCACAUUUUUCUCAUUCUUCUAGAUCUCAAUUCAAACCAGUUCGCCCAUAUGAUUUCCCUAUUCCUUCCUCAACUACUACUCUCUCUGAAUCCUUAUCAAAUCCUACUUCUACCGCUAUUUCUACUCCUAUUGAUAAUGCUUCCCCUAAUCCUUAUUUGAGCAAUACAAUCGUUAGUACUGAUACACCUUCUGUUACCGAUACUAUUAUUUCGAAUACAUCUCCAGUUCAAAUUUCUCAUCCCACCUCCUUAAAUUUGCAUCCUACUACGUCAAAUACAACUCUUAAUUCUCCUACUAAAUAUAGUAUUACUCCUUCUUAUCAAUCUUUCUCUUCUUCUCCUUCUAGUGUUAUUAUGAAUACUUCUAAUCUUAAUGAAUCAAAUUAUGAAAAACUAGGAGCUAAACCCAAGCAUAGAUCUUCAAUUAGGGCUUAUAAAAUAGCAAAAAAAGAAAAAGAAAAAGAAAAAGAAAAAGAAAAAAUGCAAAAAGGGAAUUCAAGAAAAACAAGAGAAAAAGAAAAAUAUGCUCAUAAAAUAAUUGGGCCUAUGAGAUCCUCAAGUUUUGAAUCUGCAAUAAGUGCGUUUACUGAUAAAUUUAGGAAAACAGAUAGUACUAGUGAAAAGGGAAAAAAUAAAACUAUGAAAAUUAAAGGAGAAUCUUCAGAAAAUUCGGAUGAUAAUAAAAAAGUAAUAAAAAAUAAAUUGAAAAACAAAAAAAGUAAGUCAAUGCCUAAAUUAAAUGAUUUGGAAAUGGAUAAUUUAACAGAACCUUCAAGUGUUGAAGGAGAUAAAAAGAGUUUUCAAUUCCCAAAAGAAACUUCUUUCGCUGAAGUAAAUUCAAAUAUAAAUGUGAAUAUAGGUUCAAAUCCUGAACAACGUAUUUAUGAAAAUGUUGAUGGAGAAUAUGAAAAUAUUUUAAAAGAUAUAGAUGAAGAUGGUAUUAGAACAUACGAACAGUUAGUUAUAUCGGAAUUAUCAUUACUCGAAGGUGUUGAUAUAAAUACGAUAACUUAUAUAGAAGAAAAUAUAGAUUCCUAUAAAUCUAUAAAUGAUUAUAAAACUGUAGUUAUGGGAACCCAACUAUGUAGUUUUCCGUAUAAAAUAGGAGACUUUAUAAAGUUAUAUGAUAUGGAUGAUAUGAUAAAACAUAUAAAAAAAGUGUCUUCUGAACCUAAUAAGCGUAAAUAUUUUAUCUUAAAAAGUAAUUCUUACGGAAAACAGAUAAUGAAUAAUAGAGGUAUUAUUACAAAAAGUAUUCAAUGCAUUUCAAAAAAUGUCACUAUAGGUGCAUACUCUAUAUGGAAUAAUGAAUUUCACGUAUCUAAUAAUGGAAUGGUUUUAAAAACUGAAACUUUAGAAGAAAAAAUAUUAGCUUAUUAUAUUGAAAGAAUGUAUUGGGGAUCUAAUGGUUAUUUAUAUAACGAUGACAUAAAUGCCUUACAAGCUAUUCUUGAUAUUGGUUUAAUUAUCUUUGAAGAUGGGAAAACUGAAUUAAAUAUAAAUUCUGCAAUUUAUGGAAAAUACAGAAUUUCUCUAUUAUUUUAUUCUAUAAAUAGGUUUUAUUUUUCCUUAGUAAAUCAUAUUGAAUUAGUUGGUGGUAUGCAAGUUUGCCAUACUGGUUAUAUGGCUAAAAAUUUGCCUAAAUCUCUUACAUGUUUAAUAGAUGAUAAGAAUAACACAUGA